CAAUGCCUGCAGCCGAUGCAUCUCCCACCGCCGGCAUCUUCUUCAGAGACUUCCGCGAUAAUCUGCUCAAUGCCUGCAGCCGAUACAUCUUCAGAGCCUUCACCACGGAUCCUCAUCCUCAUCUCCCCGAGCCCUGCUUCUUCUCCAUUCCUGAGCCCUUCAUAAUCUGCUCCUCCUCCAAAGGUCUCCUCCUCUGUUACGAGCCAGAAUCCAAUUCCUACCACGUCUUCAACCCCUUCGUCCACGAUAAAUCAACCAGCUACAGACGCAUCCCAAGCCCACCGAGAUCCCAUGCUCACUACCCUCCCGUGGUUCUCUCCGUCCAAGACCAAGAAGACCAAGAACGGGGGAGACCCCCUGCGUGCUACGUCAUCUGUGCAAUCCACGAGGGAGACAGCAAGUACACGUUCGAGCAGUACUCCUCAGGAACGGAGGGAUGGAACUCUACGAAGGACCCCCUAGAUAUCUCACCAGCUCACAUCAGGGGAGACUCUGGCGUUUCAAAUGAUCUCGGUAUGGCCUUCUGGCUCACCAGUAUGCCCGGCGAGAUCAUCAGAUUCAGCACUGCCAACUGUUCAAGUCAGCGAAUCAAUCUGCCCCAAGAUCUCCGUCCUCCGGCUGAAAUGCAGUUAGGGACGGUAAGCAACGGCGACAUUGGUAUUGUUUCUGUAGGUGAAGGCAAGGUCAGGCUCUACGUUCUUGAGAAAAAAGGCUGCGGGGGAUCAAAUUCUUGGAGGAGGCAUGAUGGGUUCUUGGAUGUGGGUGAAGAUGGCGAGGGGUGUGGAGCUUUAAUGUGCAUCGAUCAGCCGAGCCCAAAUAUUCUCAGGUUCGAGAAAGAUGUGCCUUUCUUGACGGGGGAUGGUCGAAUUACACUUUGGGAGCUUAACCUUGCAAGAUUGAGUGCUUUGGCAUGGGACGUGAUUCCUCGGCCACUGUUCGAUACGGUUCCCUACGUAUGCUCCCUUUUGACGUCAGCACAAAUCCAUGUUGAAGAGGACAGAGAGUUGCAGGAGGCGAUGAGAAAGAGAUCGAUAAGGAAAAGGAUGAAAGUGUCAGUCGAGGAUGAGGAGGGUUGAUAAGAGUCAUUGACGAUGCGUACGCUCAUGUUUCUUGAUCUUGGUUAGUUACGAGCUUGAGAGAUGAUUGAUCAAGUUCUUGAUUCGUGGUUGUUUCUUAUGCAAGACUGAGUUCGGUUUUCUUUUUCUCAUUCUCUGACGUAGAAGCUUUAAUCAGGAGCUGCCUGGCUUCGUGUAUGUAACAUUUGAGAAGAAGCAACUUUUUCAAGAUUCAAUUCGAGAGAUUUGUAUAGUUUCUUGGAUUAGUGGGCUUUUAUCGUGUACAAAACUGAUUGUUCAUGUGCAAUACUUCAAUUUCGUUUCCUUUUUCUGCAUUCGUUGAUGUAAUCAUUGAGCUGUAGUUUUUUCUUUC